CCCCAACAUGAUGAGCUGGUGGUCGUCUUCGGCCAACACGGCGCUCGACGAGCAGAUCGAGAAGGCCACGAGCAGCAGCCUAGAAGAUAUUGCGCUCAACCUCGAGAUCUCCGAUGUCAUCAGAUCCAAGACGGUGGCGCCCAAGGCGGCCAUGCAAUCACUCAAGAAGCGCAUCGGCAACAGAAAUCCAAACACCCAGCUCAGCGCCCUCAACCUUACAGACACAUGCGUCAAGAAUGGCGGAUCUCAUUUCCUAACCGAGAUCGCCUCCCGCGAGUUCAUGGACAACUUGACCUCUCUCCUCCAAGCCGUUGGCCCGGUCGCCAUUAAUGCCGAAGUGAAAUCCAAGAUUCUCGAGCUCAUCCAGUCGUGGUCCGGCGCUACAGAAGGGCGGUACGAGCUGUCUUACAUUGGCGAAGUAUAUAAGCGGCUGCAGCGAGAGGGCUAUCAGUUCCCUCCGCGGGUCACGGUAGCGAGCAGCAUGAUUGAUAGUAGCGCACCGCCUGAAUGGGUUGAUUCGGAUGUCUGUAUGCGAUGUCGAACGGCGUUUACGUUUACCAAUCGAAAACACCAUUGCCGGAAUUGCGGCAACUGUUUCGAUCAACAAUGCUCAAGCAAAACGCUUCCACUUCCUCACUUGGGAAUACUUACUCCUGUGCGAGUCGAUGAUGGGUGCUAUGCCAAGCUCACCAACAAGGGAUUCAAAGAGCCAAACCCUUCUCUCGACCGCACGCCGACGUAUCCUCACAAGACUCGCAGCACAUCUGCUAUGCAACCACGGAACGCGCGCGUCGAUGACGGAUUUGACGAAGAUCUUAAAAAAGCAUUAGCGAUGAGCUUAGAGGAAGUGGGCAAUACUUCUCGUGGCAGGGCGGCUCCUGUAACCUCAAAUGGGCCAAGGACAAGUGGAGGAGAUGGUGCCUCGGCGAAGCAAGCUGAAGAGGAAGAUGAGGAUUUGAAAGCCGCUAUUGCUGCUUCACUGGCAGACAUGGAAGAGCAAAAGAAGAGACACGCCGCUGUUUUGAAAGAGCAAACAUCAGGACCUGCCGCCUCAUCCUCUGCCACUUUCACGCUGCCCAAGAACGACUACGAGCUGACGGCAGUGGAAGCCGAGAAUAUCAACCUCUUUGCCACAUUAGUCGACCGUCUCCAGACCCAACCUCCCGGUACUAUUUUGCGAGAACCGCAGAUUCAGGAACUCUAUGAUAGCAUCGGCUCACUGCGCCCCAAGUUGGCGCGAACAUAUGGAGAAACAAUGAGCAAGCAUGACACUCUCCUUGAUCUCCAUGCCAAGCUGUCUACUGUUGUUCGAUAUUACGAUCGGAUGCUUGAAGACCGGCUCUCAAAGGCAUACAGCCAGCAAAAUCUAGGCGGAUAUAAUCUCCCACCACCUCGCCAAUCCUCCGGACCUUACCCUUCAAUACAUUCACAUGCGCCAAGCAACUCGGUUGGAGCCGAAAACUUUUAUACGAACCAGCAACAGCCAGGAUAUGCGCCAUCAGCGCCACUAGGGCAGCAGCUGUACCAACUACCGCCUCAACAAGCGAUGCCACAGUCCCCCUACCCGCCUUAUGCCGGAAUGCCAGCACCUGACGCUGCAUCCGGACCUUAUGCCCCUCAGCAGCGAACUGAUAGCUGGAAUACUCGGGCGCCAUCAGCCCCUGAGCAGUUUCAACAGCAGCAGCCCCAGGAUAAUGCCGAAGAGAGAAGGCAGCCUCCUCAGCAGGCCCCCUCAUCGCCAUCAACAGAUCCGAACGCUUCAUACUACUUCAACACCGCACAGCCCUUACAGAACGCUCCUUCCGCGGAUGCAAGUCAAUCACCAUAUCCCAACCUGAACCAGUCGCCUAUGCCUUACCACGGGGGCUCCGUAUCAGCACAAGCACAAGCCACUCCCGUUCAGGCUGCGGCUCAACCCUCACAACCUCCCAACGCAACACCCCAUAUGCCCAUUCACUCACAGAUGCCGCCUGCCUCAACACCCCAGCAGCCGUAUCAUCAGGAUAUGCCACCUCAGCCGUCACCCUAUCAAAUGGGUAUUGCGCAGCAACAGCAACCACCAGCCCCUCCACCCGAUUGGGCUGGUUACGCCAACUACGCAAUGCCCCCUGCACCACAGCAUGAGCCUGUGCAGCAACAGCAGCCGGUGAAGGAGGAAGCGCUCAUUGAGUUUUAAUGUCUGGUUCUAUAAUUUGGUGCAAAGAAAGAAAUACGGCGGCAAUUGUCGUGAGAUGUGGGUUACACUGUGACAUCAAGGGACUUAUACGACGCGGCGUUUUUUACGAUUGCUGGACAGCGUGUGUGCGGCAACAUGGGUACUCCGUAGCCUGUCAGAAUGACUACUUUGUUUGCGCAUCUAGCCCAUGGAAACUAAAUCUUGAAUUAUAUGUCUAGUUGCAGCGUAGCUGUAUAAGUGCUUGGAGUUUGUUUACCUGAAAUUGUGAGAACCUCGGAGCUCCGAAGUUGUAAAGCCGCAUACAUGCAGUCAGAUCACUAAUAAACCAUUUUA